GUCUGACUGUAUCCAUAGGGACUCUGAAAAUGUCUGCUCGAGCAUUUAUUCUAGUGUUUGCUAUCAACUUUAUUUUGUGUUCUGGACUUAACAUUUCAUUGGAAAAAGAAUAUUAUAUGGAGGGUAAACAUUUAUUCUGUGCCAAGUUACACUGUGUGGAGAACACAAGAGAAGAUAAUAACAUCUCAGCUCUUGUCAACAUAUCAGUCUAUAGGAUCAGUGAAUUAGAUGGGAAGAUUAUGUUGGCGUCUGUAUCAGAAUCAGAUUCAAGAGUUCGAGAUCAUAAAGUAACUGGAGCAAAAGUUGAUGGAAAGUUUUCAAAGGUGUUUGGAGAGCUGACGGUGUCAUUUAAUAAACCUUCUGAUUAUUUUAGUGCGGUGUUUGGAUGUGAUGUGUUUUACAGAAAUAUAUCGGGUCUCAUUGAGAAGAAAGAAAAUAAAACAAAACCUGUUGAACAAAAAAAUCGUAAUCCGCUUAUGUUGAUGACCUUAGAGGCUAAAACUCCAGAGUUUGAUACAACAAUUGAUAGAAUGUCUGAGUUUCUAAAAACGUUUAAAGAUUCUGAUAAGUUAAACAGUGCUGACUUGAAGAUGAGUUUACAGUUUUCAACAGACGACAGACAUUCUAACAAAACUGUAAGUCAAAUAAACCAUAGAAGAGAGUUAGCGGUGGAAGAAAGAUUUGACAACUUAGUUAAUCUUACAAAUGCGAUGGAAAUUAGAUUGAAUAGCUUGUUAGUUGCUCAAGAAUAUAGAAUUCAGAAACUUGAAAACUUAAUUUACAACAUAACAAAUGGAUUUAAAAACGUUGAGAACAAGUUUGAAACACAGAAUAAAACGUAUCAAGAGCUCGCGCAGAAUAAAAAGAACUUAAAUGAAAGCUUACUAAAAACAUCUCAACAGAUGGAAGCAAACAAUAAAACACUUGAACUAUGCAAUAGGUCAAUAAAAGAAAUACACAGUCUUUACUUUGUUUUAAACAAACAGCUGGAGAAAAUGAACUACAGUGAGAUUAAUGUAUCAUUAAGUUUGCCUCAAAAUUCAAAUCAAAGGAAACAUCUAACUAAAAACAUGCAAGAUUUGAAAAUGAAUUUAUUAAACGUGACAAAGGAAAACAUUAAAGAUAGUAUAGCGAUAGAAAAACGUCAGAAUAUAAGCGUUCAACAACAGGGAGAAAGCAACAGAUUACUGGCAGAGACACAGUCAAAGACACUGAAGGAUUUAAAAUCAGCUGUAUCACUACUAAACAAAACUGACACUGAAAUACACGCCCGUAUGGAGAAGAUGAACAACACGAUUCAAAACCUGAUUACUAAAUCAAAUAAAACUAGAGUCCUAGUCAGAAGAUUACAUGGAUUUAAUGGUCCUCUUCUUAACGAAUUAGAAUACGUAAAAUGUGAAACCAUGAACGAUCGUGUUAUAAUGAACUUGACGGAGAUUGGAGUAGAUGUCAACAGAAUAUUGUGUGAUACCAAGACUGACGGUGGUGGAUGGAUUAUUAUACAGGGUUAUAAUGAACUCAGAUUUGACAUGAAGUAUAAAGGUAAAGACUACUACGCCGUGUACAGAGGUUUUAAGGUAGAAAAUGAAGCAGCAAAGUAUAAGAUGAGCCUCACGUCAUUCAGCGGUGGGAAUGUUGAAGACGACUUUAGCGAUCACAACGGCAUGAAGUUUACAACCAUAGACUCUGAUAAUGAUAUGUCAGGUGGCAACUGUGGUGUAGACUGUAGAGGUGCCACAACUAGCAUCAUUGUAAGCAUUCACUCUACUCCGUUCAUGUCCAAAACAGAUGAUGCAGAAGAAGGACUUGACAUUUCACUACAUAGAGAAUAUUAUAUGGAGGGUAAAGUUUUAUUCUGCGCCAACUUACAUUGUAUGGAUAACACAAGAGGAGAAAAUGAAAUCUCAACUCUUGUCAACAUGUCAGUCUAUAGGAUCAGUGAAUUAGAGGGGAAGAUUGUGUUGGCGUCUGUAUCAGAAUCAGAUUCAAGUGUUCGAGAUUAUAAAGUAACUGGAUCAAAAGUUGAUGGAAAGUUUUCAAAGGUUUUUGGAGAGCUGACUGUAUCGUUUACAAAACCUGCUGAUUGUUUUAGUACAGUGUUUGGAUGUGAUGUGUAUUACACAAAUAGAAGGGGUCUCGUUGAGAUGAAAGAAAAUAAAACCAAACCUGUUGACCAAGACAAUCGUAACCCGCUGAUGUUGAUGACCUUAGAGGCUAAAACUCCAGAGUUUGAUAGAACAAUUGAUAGAAUGUCAGAGUUUCUAAAAACAUUUCAUGAUUCUGAUCAUCUAAACAGUGCUGACUUGAAGAUGAAUUUACAGUUUUUAACAAUCGGAAAUCGUUCUAAUCAAAUAUAUCAUGGAAAAGAGUUACAUAUAGAACAUAGAGACAUGAUAUUAGCUAAUGUUACAGAAAUGGUCGAAAAACUACUUAAUAAAACAUAUUUUGAUCAAGAUGCUAAAAUAGAGAAAUUAAACAACAAGCUAAACGAUUUGCUUAGGUUAUUAGAUGUAUCAAAUCUUAUUAAAACAGACCAGGAUUUAAUAUUUGCAGUAUCAAAGCUUAACAAUACAGUCAAAAGUUUAAUGUCUGCUGUAUUAAAGCUUAAAAAUACAGACACGGAUUUAAUGUUCAAAGUAUCACAGCUUAACAAUACACACACUGAUUUAAUAUUGGCAGUAACACAGAUUAACAAUAGAGACAAGGAUUUAAUGUUGAAAGUAUCACGGCUAAACAAUACAGAUAAGGAUUUAAUGAUGGGAGUCUCAAAGCUGAACAAUACACACAAUGAUUUAAUGUUAGCAGUAUCAAAGCUUAACAAUAGAGACAAGGAUUUAAUGUUGAAAGUAUCACAGCUAAACAAUACAGACAAGAUCUUAAUGUCUGCUGUAUCAAAGCUUAACAAUACAGACAUGGAUUUAAUAUUGGCAGUAUCAAAGCUUAACAAUACAGACAAGGAUUUAAUGUUGACAGUAUCAAAACUUAAUAAUAAAGACAAGGAUUUAAUGUUGGCAGUAUCACAGCUUAACAAUACAGACAAUAUCUUAAUGUCUGCUGUAUCAAAGCUUAACAAUACAGACAAGGAUUUAAUGAUGAAAGUAUCACAGCUAAACAGUACAGACAAGAUCUUAAUGUCUGCUGUAUCAAAGCUUAACAAUACAGACAAGGAUUUAAUGUUGACAGUAUCAAAACUUAAUAAUAAAGACAAGGAUUUAAUGAUGAAAGUAUCACAGCUAAACAGUACAGACAAGAUCUUAAUGUCUGCUGUAUCAAAGCUUAACAAUACAGACACGGAUUUAAUAUUGGCAGUAUCACAGCUAAACAAUAUAGACAAGGAUUUAAUGUCUGCUGUAUCAAAGCUUAACAAUACAGACAAGGAUUUAAUGUUGACAGUAUCAAAACUUAAUAAUAAAGACAAGGAUUUAAUGUUGGCAGUAUCACAGCUUAACAAUACAGACAAUAUCUUAAUGUCUGCUGUAUCAAAUCUUAACAAUACAGACAAGGAUUUUAAAUUGGCUAUGUUUAAGUUUAAUAAUACAAACCUCGAGUUAAAACAAAGUGUGGAAAAUAUUAACAACACAGUUCAAAAGAUUUAUAAAAAAACUUACGAGCAUGGUGAGCUACUCCAAGAGAUGGAUGGCUUAGGGUGUAGACUUUUUCUCCUUCAAGAUGUACAAAUCAGAAAGGCUGUUACACUCGAACCUAAUCGAACUGCAUGUGAUAUGAAGACUGACGGUGGUGGAUGGAUUAUCAUUCAACGACGUGUGAAAGGUGAUGUGAACUUUACAAGAAUCUGGAACGAUUAUAAAAACGGAUUUGGCUCAACAUCUGGAGACUUCUGGAUAGGGAAUGACGUCAUUUAUCAGCUAACAAAAUUAGGUUAUAAUGAACUUAGAUUUGACAUGAAGUAUGAAGGUAAAGACUACUACGCUGUGUACAGAGGUUUUAAGCUAGAAAAUGAAGCAGCAAAGUAUAGGAUGAACUUCACGUCAUUCAGUGGUGGGAAUGUUGAAAACAUAUUUAAUGGGCACAAAGGCAUGAUGUUUACAACCAUUGACUCUGAUAACGAUAGGCGGUCAAGUGGCAACUGUGCUGUAGGCAGGGGAGGUGGUUGGUGGUAUGGUGGUUGGUGGUAUGGUGCUUGUUACGACGUUAACCUCAACGGUGAAUGGGCGAGUCGUGUUUAUGAUAAAGGAAUUCAUUGGACCAGCAUUACAGGCUGGUCUGACUCUCUAGACUUUGUUGAGAUGAAACUUCGUCAAAUGUAA